UGGGGAUAGCGCCCCAAUGUAAUGCUGUGGCGGCCAGGGUUGGGGAGUGGGGUACGAAGUGGAAGGGGGGCGGGUAGCAGCAAAGGCUUUGCAACCUCCAUAGGAGGACACAAUGCAGACUAGGCUUAGCGUAGCAGCGCUUGGGCCAGAUACCUAGGAGUAAACAGAGCUGUGGAGUCAAGAGUACGUGGUACCAAACAGGCAACUUCUUUGGAGCAAUGGGAGCAUCCAGCCAGGCCCCUGAACUGUGAGAACAGAAUGCGCAUCGGGUCUGAAGAGGAGCCAAUCUCUAGCCCCGGGCAUAGCAGGGAAAGAAGCCAGCAGGUGGACUGCCGUAGCUCCUGGGACUGGCAUCGAGGUGUUGGGUUGGCAUCGGAAAUGGGAAGCCUGAGGAGGGAAGACUGAUAGUACUUUAGCAUAGCCUCGGGGUCCAGUAUUGGAGUCCUUGAAGGGAGAAGCUUGGUCUGUAAGGGAGCCUGGGUGUGUGCAGCGCUUAGUCAGCUACACCCUGCUCUGCCCCCUCCCUCGCCUGCUCUCACUACCCCCCUCCCCCCAUCUCCGACCCCCUUGCUCGGAUUGCCAGUUGAGGACUGUUCUCCGUUUGGAGAGUCUCUGGGAAGAGGGGUCUGCAGAGCCUGGAGCCCCACAGUGACCACGUGAUCCUGGGAACUUGGAUUUGGGGGCACCAGGUACGAGGGGGUUCGUGUCCUCUUUCUCUUCGGCCCCCUGGAACAGAGCCUGGGAUAGCCAUCUCCUUUGUGUGUGUUUCUCUCUCUGGCUCUUUUUGGAAGCAAGUUCGAACAAUGAUCACAGUCAAUUCGGAUGGGAAAAUAAUGGUCAGAAGAUGUCUGGUCACCUUGAGACCCUUUAGGCUAUUUGUUCUGGGAAUCGGUUUCUUCACACUCUGCUUCCUGAUGACAUCCCUGGGAGGCCAGUUCUCUGCCAGACGUUUGGGGGAUUCACCUUUUACAGUCCACACUGAAGUUAUUGGUGCACUGGAGUCUCGAGUUGUCCUACGUAAGAUGAGUGACCUAUUGGAGUUGAUGGUAAAGCGCAUGGACACAAUGGUGCGUUUGGAGAAUGGCAGUGACUUGCAUAGGGGUGAUGAGGGACAUGCUGUGGACAGGUUCUCACCAGGUGCCAAGCUGAUGGAAAAGAUCCAGGCCAUUGCACAGAAUGUCUCUGAUAUUGCCAUGAAGGUGGAUCAAAUCCUGCACAACAGUGUCCUGCACAACAAGGUGUCUGAAGGCCAGCGGGAUCAAUGUGAGGUGCCCAAUGACCCUAAAUAUCCAGACUGCUCUGGUAAGGUAGAGUGGAUGCAUGCUCGUUGGACCUCUGAUCCCUGUUAUGCCUUCUUUGGUGUGGAUGGCACUGAGUGCUCUUUCCUAAUCUACCUCAGUGAAGUUGAGUGGUUCUGUCCCCCAAUGCCUUGGAGAAAUCAAACAGCAGUGUUUCCUCCCCCUAAGUCCCUCCCCAAAGGCCAGGCAGCUUUUAGGAGCAACCUCUCCCACCUCUUGGAGCUGAUUGGAAGUGGGAAGGAGUCACUGAUCUUCAUGAAGAGGAGGAUCAAACAAUUGGAAGCUCACUGGGCUCCGGCAGCAAGGCGCCUAGAAGCAAAGCUAAAGGGAGCCAGGAGAGAUCAGAAGCAGAUCCUUAUCCAUAUUGGUUUCCUGACAGAGGAAUCUGGGGAUGUGUUCAGCCCAAGGGUACUAAAAGGGGGGCCCUUGGGUGAGAUGGUACAAUGGGCAGACAUCCUAGCUGUCCUCUUUAUCCUGGGGCAUAACCUGAAGAUCACUGUGUCCUUGAAAGAGUUGCAGAGUAAUUUAGGGGUACCGCCAGGCCGGGGAAACUGUCCACUCACAGUGCCCCUACCAUUUGACCUCAUCUAUACUGACUACCAUGGCCUGCAGCAAAUGAAACAGCAUAUGGGACUCUCCUUCAAGAAAUACAGGUGUCGAUUCCGUGUCAUUGACACCUUUGGGACAGAACCUGCAUACAACCAUGAGGAGUAUGCCACUCUGCAUGGUUACCGAACUAACUGGGGUUACUGGAACUUCAACCCAAAGCAGUUCAUGACGAUGUUCCCUCACACACCGGACAACUCCUUCAUGGGCUUUGUGUCAGAGGAGCUCAAUUCAACAGAGAAGCAAUUCAUAAAGAACAACAAAGACAGCAAUAUGGCUGUGGUGUAUGGCAAGGAAGCCAGCAUCUGGAAGGGCAAGGAGAAGUUUCUACGGAUCUUGAAUAAGUACAUGGAGAUCCAUGGCACUGUGUACUAUGAGACCCAGCGGCCACCAGAGGUCCCUGCCUUCGUGAAGAACCAUGGGCUUCUACCACAACAGGAAUUCCAACAACUGUUGCGCAAAGCCAAGCUCUUCAUCGGGUUUGGAUUCCCCUAUGAAGGCCCUGCUCCCCUAGAGGCCAUUGCCAAUGGCUGUGUCUUCCUGCAGUCCCGCUUUAGUCCGCCUCAUAGCUCCCUCAACCAUGAAUUCUUUCGAGGAAAACCCACUUCCCGAGAGGUGUUUUCUCAACAUCCCUAUGCUGAGAACUUCAUUGGUAAGCCACACGUUUGGACAGUUGACUACAACAACUCAGAAGAGUUUGAAGCUGCCAUCAAGGCCAUCAUGAGGAUUCAGGUAGAUCCCUAUCUGCCCUAUGAAUACACCUGCGAAGGGAUGCUUGAGAGGAUCUAUGCCUACAUCCAACAUCAGGAUUUUUGUAUAACCACAGAAUCUUCCCCACUGGUGGCAUCACCACAACCUGCUCGAGCCCUCUCUGCCCUGGCACCCAAUGCCCCACACCUGGUUUGGCCCCAUAAUGCCAGCCUGGGCUCAGAAGCCUGGCCUCCUGUGCACUCAUUUCAGGGCUGGCUGGCAGAGACCGGAAGGACAUGCACGGAUGCCUGCUUGGACAGGGGCCUCAUAUGUGAGCCCUCCUUCUUCUUCUUCCUCAACACCCAGGAUGCUUUCUUGAAGUUGAAUGUCAGUUGUGAUCGAACUGAGUCAGAAAUGAAUCAUCUGUACCCGGCCUUUGCCCAGCUAGGUCGAGAGUGCUACCUUCAGAAAGAGCCCAUACUCUAUAGCUGUGCUGGCUCCAACACCAAAUACCACCGACUUUGCCCGUGCCGAGACUUCCAAAAGGGACAAGUGGCCUUGUGCCAGGACUGCUUGUGAUAUCUUCAGGUCGAACCAGGAGUGGGGACUGCUGAUGGCCUCCUUUGUGCCAACCUUCCUCUCUAUAUCCUCCUCUUCAUCGCCAUCCCGCCUCCCACCUUCUCUGAGAACUAUUGGGUUAUGCUGGCUACACUGUCCCAUCCCCAGGAGAAGCACCAGCAGUUUCAGUUCUCUGUGGCCCAACCUCCUGGACUUCAGACUGGGACAUUCCUAGUGGUGGGAAUUGGGUUCUACUUCCAAUGCAGGAAAGUAGUCCUAGCAGAGUAACAACCUCCCUAGAGGAAAGAGAGGAAGGACGAAUCUCAUAUGUUCUGUCUCCAGCUCUAGGCUCAUGAGUCUGAUCCCUGAAAGGCCUGGAUACCUGAAGGGAUAAGAGAUGAGUUAAAAGUCCCCUAAGGAAAAGCAGCCCAAACCUAGAGAUCCCCCUAUGGCUUCAUCUUCUACACUGGCCAAGAGGGAAGAUUUUAAGCAUGCCACCUUGGGCCCAUGGCAAGAGCCUUUAAUGUGUAAAUGAAUGGGAGCAGGGAAAGAGGCUACUUUGUAGAUUGUUACAGAGAUCAAGAGAACUGUGGCCUAGGAAAAGGGCCUUGUUAGCCCUCUCUGACUUGAUACACAUAAGGAAAUUGAACUUUAAUGCUGGUUGCCUUUGGGCAUCCUCCUCCUUUAUUUAUGGAACUUGCAUGUUCUAGUCCUCUGCAGGCAUGGUCAGAGUGGGAGACUUAGAUGGGGGCGAGGGGUGGGGGGUGCCUGGUAGUCUUUGGUGCUGCCUCUGUUCUCUUGCCUUCUUUUCUCUGUGGCUCUUCACUGAACAUCCUGAACAUCCAUAGUAGCCAAACAGCUCUCAGGGCCCCAGCACAAUCCACUCCCAAGUAGCAGGGACUGGCAUUGGGGGUGUGAGGACUAAUAUUCAGUUCUUGGGAGCUCAUCCUUCCACCUUGUAAUUUCAAAUUCCCUCUUCUGGGGCUGGGAUUGAAAUCUAUUUAAUUUCCCUGACCCAGAGGCAGUAAGUUUAGCUCUAAAUCAGAAAUAAACUGGCCACAGCCCAUGGUGCAAAGUCAGUGACCCUGCUAUGCAAGGGCCAGGACUAGUAAACCAGAUGGGAUGACUUUCUCCAAGUCUUCCAGGCAAAUCCCUAAGAUUUCCAAGUCAUUCUGUUGGCAGAAUUGCAAAGGGCUCAAGCUACUGUAGCUUCCCUCUCUCUGUUCCUUACCUUCAUUUAAGAGAAAUGCAGUUUUCCAGAAAUUAUUCCAUGGCUCUGAAAAAAAAAAAGCCCUACCCUGGAGGUAAAGCUUCAGAGCUCACUCAUCACCUCAUCACUGCUUGCUUACACAGAGGUUGGGUAUGGGCAUCUGGCACCAGCUACAUUCGUGUUUUGCCAACCUUUAAGUAUCACAUGAAUAUCAGCUAUUCUUAUUAUUGUCAUUAUUAUUAUUACAGAUGCUGAAUAAAGUUACCCUUCCACUCCAAAGGGGAAAACUCCCCAUCCCUGACCCAGCAGAAACUGUACCUCCUGCCUCCAGAUUCCCCAAGCCUGUGGCCAACUCUUAAGAUUAAUCUUAUGCAGCAUGUCCUAGGCCCCAAUCCCUGGGGAUUCCCUAUCCUAAUUCCCUUUCACUAUCAUUUCUUUGACCUUACAAAUAGAUUAGCCAAGCCCAGAGCCUUUCUGGCUUAGAAAGAUCUGGGUAUCCAGGUACACUGCCACGUUCCCCCUUCUCUGGAUGAUUACAUGACCCUCCUAGGGUUGCCUGCUGCCCUGGGAGACAACCAAGUGCUACCACUCCCCUUGAGAGUGAGGGUAUAGAAAAACCUGCUACUGGAGGUUGGAGCAGCAUUCUGGGAUAUGGUUUUAGGUUCCUAGCUCAAGGAAGGUACCCUGAUUCUGAUGGAGUGGGUACUUAGCCUGUUCAAAAACUGGGGGACAAGUUGGAAAAUCUUUAGGGCUAGAAAUAUGACAGCAAGGGUCUGACUCUGGGAUAUGGGGGGGGAGCAAUAAAGAAACUUUUUCUUCCUUGCCUCCCUCUCUUCUGUCUUCAUCUCUUCCUCCUUUUCCUUCCUCCCUCCCUCCCUUUCUCUCUUUGUAAAGAAUUUAUUUCAUGAAAUAAUAAAUAUUUUAUUGGGAUGUCAGACACAAA